UCCAAUGCGCACGCGUAAUCACAAUACUAGUAACAAAGUGAAGUUCCUUGGAUUACGUCGUUGUUUAUUAUUUCAACAGAUACACCAUCUCAACUCUAGAUAAUUUAAUACAUUUAUCACAUAGAGUUGCCACUGACUACCGGAUACAGUAGCCGAGUCUUAUGCUGCUGUUUGCUUAUUAGGUCUUCAGAAGUGUAGGGUGAUCAAUCAAUGAAGAAUGUCAUCUCUGUUUUGCUCAAGUGGUAACAAGCAUAGAAUAAUCAAGAUACAUGGAAAUUGAGGAUGAUGGUAGAAAGUUAACUUAUUGACCAUGACUCAGUGGAUGUGUGAAAUCUUUGAGUAGGAAACAAAAACUACAGUACAAUAAAUGGAAUGAAUUAAAUGCUCAAUAAAAGGAAAGUUCUGGUUGAAAUGCAGUAUUAAUAAGGAAAGAAAAUGAUAUUUAAACACCAAACAAUUUAAUUGAUGAACACAUUGCACAGCUAAAAGUAGCAAGCACAAUCUGUUUUACUGAAUGUUUACUGAUUUGGAGAAAUUCAUUUGAUUUAUUGUUGUCCAAUGGUGAACACUCACCAUCCAUGUAUAUGCACAUGUACAUGUGUGCUUAUGCACAUAUACAGACAUACACACAUAUACAUGCAACACUCAUAUACUGAUUUUGAAUUGGCGUCAUUAAGUAUGAAUUAAAACAUCACCCUGUUCUUUAAUGUCUGGGAAAUAUUCUAAUAAGGAUAUUUUCCAGAAUGCUACUAGUCCUGAUGAAAUGUUUUCUAAAUGCAACAUGGCUUCUUCUGAUGCAGUUGACUUUAUUGCUGAUGUAAACAAUCAGACUUCUCAGUCUGAAAAACCUUAUAAGUGUAGCUACUGUAAAAAAUCUUUUACUCAAUCUGGCCAUUUGACCACACAUGUUCGUACACACACAGGAGACCGGCCAUUCCAGUGUCCUUACUGCCCAAAGGCUUUCACUGACCGAGGCAAUCUUAAUACGCAUAUUCGUACACAUACAGGUGAGAAACCAUUCAAAUGUGAAUUAUGUGAGAAGGCUUUCACAUUUCAUAUUCAAUUGAGUCGUCACAAAAAAGUUUGCAUGUCCAGGAAUACAAAUUCCACAUCAAGUUUUCAGAUGGAUGAAAAGAACAAUAAUCAUAACACUACCAUUGCUGUUGCUAAUCAAUCUCAAUUUAAUAAUUUUACAUCUGAUAUCAGUCCUAUACAAAGUGCUCCUUUUAGUGAAAAUAGUUUAUAUUCAGCAUCAUCUGGUUUUAUCUUAAGUGAAUGUUCUGAUGAUAUGCAACAACCCACUAAUUUGUUUUUCAGUAAAAAUGAAGCAAACAAUGCAGUCUCCAGUUUCCAUAAUGAAUCAACAUCAUCAAAUAACAUGUACAGUGAUGCAAAAGAUUCCUCUUCCAUUUGUGGCUCAUCGAAAGAUUUACGUGAAAUUUCUGCUGACACAGUUGUGUCCAGUUGUAGUUUGUUAAAUACAGAAACUUAUGAUUUGUAUAAGUCUGAGGAUGAAUCCUUGCCAUACACAAAUGUCUCAAAACAUGAGAAACAUAAAUUCCACCCCCAAACCAAUAGUAUAUAUGUAACUGCUAAUAUGACUAACACUGGUUUUAAUAGUCAACAGAUUGAAGAAAGUGGAACUAGUUCCAUACAGAAAAAUGCUUGUCUCUCUGAAAAUAUCAAGUAUGAUAAAAUUAUCUAUAUUGAUUCUGAUUCACCUAAUGGUACUUCUGAAGAAGUUAAAUCCACUUUUGAUGCUAACACAGUGCCAGAAGAUGAAGUUCCUUCAUCUAAUCCAUCAGAUCUUCUAAGUGGGAGUGACAAGACAACAACUGACAUUAGGAACCAAGAGGAUUUAAUUAAUAGUAACACAAUUUCAAAGAAACCUGUCCAUCGAAAAUCUAUUUUUUGUGAUGUAUGCAAAAAGACUUUCCAUCAUUCUUACCAGUUAGUAAUACACUUGAAUUCUCAUAAUUGCCAAAGAAAUUUUGAGUGCAAAUUUUGUGGCAAAACAUUCCAACAAGUUGCUCGUCUCAAUUCUCAUUUACACACACACACUGGAGCCAAACCAUAUAAAUGUUCAUUUUGUGGUAAAGGGUUUGCUGAUCGGAGCAAUCUUAAGUCUCAUCGUCGUCUUCACACAGGUGAAAAGCCAUUCAAAUGUACUUUAUGUUUUCAAGAGUUCACGUUUCACAUCCAACUUAAUCGCCACAAACGUAAUUGCAAAGCAGCUGAGCCUGUUGUAUUGGAGAGCAAUACAUCAUUUAGUAGUACUGAUAAUAAUAAUAAUAAUAAUGAUGUUGAUACUUUACUACCAACCAUCUCAAUGCCAUCCCAUGUUUACAACAUUAACAAUAGCGGUACCAAUUACAGUAUCCAACUUAAUCCAGAUUUCAUAAAAAACUGUGAUAAUUCCGAAACUCUUAAUAGCUCAGUGAAUUCUUCCUGUGAAGUAGAUUCUACUUUAAAUCAAUCCGAUUUGAUAGAGCCUGGUAGUAAAGAUAACAUUGUUGAUCUUACUGUUGAAACACCAGAUAAUAGCACUGAUGAGCAAAAUAUCUGUUUGAAACCAUGGAAAACUACUGAUAGAAACCUUUUAUCCAGGUUAUCUACAUUUGAUGGUAAACUUCAAGAUAAUACUUCUAACCAACAGAUAGAGUUCCCUUCAGAGUUUUCUAAAGACUGCUUAAGGCAAUGUCACAUUGACUUGUCUGAGGAUUAUGAUAAUGACCUGACAACUACUACCAAUUGCAAUAGCAAUACCUCUGACUAUAGUUCUUUGUCUUCAGGAUCAAAAUCAGAGGAAGCUUUGUUAACUUGCCAAUAUUGUUACAAGUCAUUUUCUAAGAAGGAUGACUUAGACAAACAUUGUAAGAAAAGCCAUAGCAAAUUUCCUUUAGAAACCUUCAAAGUGAAAGCCAAUGUGAGCAACAUGAAAAAGCCUUAUACUUGCAAAUUUUGUCCCAAAUCAUUUCUACAACCUAGUCAUUUAAAUGCCCAUAUCAGGACUCACACUGGAGAUAAACCGUUCACUUGUCAAUUUUGUAAUAAGGCUUUCUCUAAUCAAAGCAAUCUUAACACCCACAUGAGGCUACACACUAAAGUGAAACCCUUCAAAUGCCUUAGCUGUAACCAGUCCUUCACAUUUCACAUUCAGUUGCAACGGCAUAAAAUUAAAUGCUUUGGUAACAAGAAUCUCUCCAUACAAUAUCCAUCCAAAGAGAAAAUAUCAACUAUUUCACUUAUCUCUCAAGUAGACAAGCUUUCCAGUUUUGAACAAAGUGGAACAGAAUUAAGAAACAAAGAGUCAAGACAUUUCAUCUCAUCCGUUAAAGAAGCUAAUGGUUCUCCAGACAGUUGUUAUAUGGAAAACCCUUCAAAUACUACAUCAUCUCUUCAGGUUAACACAGCCAACAAAACAGUAAAGACAAAUAAUUGUGAAACACAUUACAGCAAUCCGUUAAGUAUUGGUGUAAUGGAAGAGAAUCAAGUGGAAGUUGCUGAUGUUGGUGAAACUAAAGAAAAUGUACCAGAAAUCAAGGAAGAAUGGAAAAAACACAAUAUGUCGAUGAGUACUGAAAUAAAUCAGUCUGAUGCAGCUGAUUCAUUAACUAGAAGUAAGUCUACUACUGAAGAGUUAACCCUUACUGAAAAAUCCAUUGUAGAAUCUACACCAAUAGAUAAAUCUUUAGAGCUGACUGAUAAAAAUCAAAUUCCCUUGCAGUCAAAUUUGCUGAGUUAUCAUCCUGGGAAAAAGUUAUUUCGUUGUAAAUAUUGCAAAAGGAAUUUUCUUGGACUUUAUCUACUGUCAGUGCAUCUACGAUCCCACAACUUUGCAACGAGUGAGAAAAUGUUUGAAUGUGCUUUAUGUAAAAAGUCUUUUCAGAAGGCUGGCCAGCUUAAUAGCCAUGUACGUACACACACAGGAGUCAAGCCAUUUUUGUGUCAGUAUUGUGGGAAAGCCUUUGCUGACCGUAGUAACUUGAAUACUCACAGGAGAACUCACACUGGAGAAAAACCAUUUAAAUGUUUAUUUUGUGGAAAAGCUUUUACAUUUCAUAUCCAGCUUAGUCGACAUAAAAGAGUCUGUAAACCUUCAGCAUUAGCACAGUUACAUCAUCAAUAUCAGAAACGAAGUAAUUCUUUGCAAAUUCCUCUUCAAAAUACUGUAGAACAAACUAAUUUGGCAAAUAAUUCCAGUCUUUCAAAGAAACUUGGCCAAUCUGGAGAUAUAUUUUUCAGUGACAAAACAACUGACCGCAUACUCAACAGUAAUGAAAUCCAUUUUAAGGAUCCUUUAUCAGUUCAAGUUUACAAUAACCAAGCUGAAUCAAUGAUGCCUUAUAGUACCACUAGUCUACAGGAAGAAGCUGAAUUACAGGAUUGUAACAACAGAACUGUUACUAGCAGUAAGUCAGACAAUUUACUCCUUCCAAGACCUGGUAACAGUUUAGAACAGGCUGAACAAAAACCAAAUUUUAAUUAUCAGGAUGCUUCCUCUAGAAAAGCUGUGGAAUUAAAAACUAUCUCUACUCAACAGAACUUAACAGAAAAUCAAUGUAAUCCAGAUGUGUAUAGCAAUGAUAUCAUAAAAUCAUCCCGAUUUUCUGAAGACCAAGAUUCUAUAAAUAAUUCUUUGUCAACUUUUACAUGUAACAAAAUAUCAGGGACUGCUAACAAAAACUAUUGCAAUGAUAAUGUUUCCCGAAUGAAUUCAUUAACACAAUCUGGAGAGGAAGCCAGUUCUUUUGUGAAACCAGGCAUAUUUUGCAAUGAUAAUGACAAUGUUGAAAUGAGAUCCAAUGUCUCAUCAUAUACUCAAAGAAACAAUGAGAGUUUGGCCACAAAUAGCAGUUUGUUUCCUUGUUGUUACUGUGGUAAGGUUUUCAAACUAGUGACUACACUAGCAGUUCAUAUUAGGUUACAUACAGGAAGUAAAGUAUAUGAGUGUGAAUUUUGUGGUGAAACUUUUUAUCGAUUUACAGAGCUAGCAGUUCACUUGAAGCUUCAUCCCCAAGAAAUAUUGUUUCAGUGUGAAUAUUGUGAUCUGACGUUUUCACGUGAUUGUCAUUUGCGACUCCAUGAAAAGAGCCACUUGUUAAAGGAUGGAGUGCUUCAGGAGAGCAUAGCUCAGAAAACCUUAAAGCAGAAAUUAAAUAAUGACAAUAAUUUCAUUUGUCCUAUAUGUUAUUGUAUAUUUCCCAACAGUUUUACUUUAGACAACCAUUUAACAACUCACACAGCUGGGAAAUUAUAUCAGUGCCAAACAUGCAAACAAGCUUUUACAUUUCCUCAGCCUUUCAAAAGGCACAUUCAAGAAUGUCAACAAUUAUUGAAGGAUCAAGAAUCUACUUUUAUCUUGGAGCCAAUUUCAACCCAGAACUCACAGCCAUUUUCCUCCCAAAAUGUCUUCAGAAAGGAUUUGUUGGCUAAUAAGACUUCUCGAGAACAGCUGCAACCUGUUGGUUUAUUUUCAAAUACUGGAAGACUCUCCUCUUUAGCAAUGGAAUUAUGGAAGCUGCCUCCCAAUCUUGAUACCAUAAACCAGCAUAAAAAGCAAUUUACAGAUAAUAACAAUUCAGUUCUCUUAGCCCCUUCAGAAAUUGAUGGUAAUGAAAACUUAGUGUGUAAUUAUUGUGAACGUAAAUUUUCUUCUUGCAAAUCACUUAAUUUACAUCUUAAAACUCAUCAUGCAAAUUUUAGCACCAAGAAAGUGUAUCGUUGUGAAUUUUGCAUGAAACUCUUUUUCCAGCAAUUGUUACUUGAUAAACAUAAAAGAACUCAUCAUACCCAAAACCCAUAUAAUUUAAAGCGAGAAAGUCUUAAAUGUCGAUUCUGUGCAAGGACAUUUCAACAGUCGAGCCACCUGAAAUCACAUAUUCGGCACCAUACAGGUGACAAGCCUUUCAAGUGUCAAUACUGUGGUAAAGCUUUCUCUGAUCGCAGUAAUUUGAAUACUCACAUCCGUACACAUACAGGAGAAAAACCAUUCAAAUGUACCAAAUGUAGGUGUGCAUUUACAUUUCACAUCCAGUUGACACGGCAUAAAAGAAUUUGUCAGAACCCCAGAGAUGAGACAAACUCAACUACAGUCUCUGGAGAUAGACAACAACAUGAUGAAUCUAGAUUAUCUCAGGCAACAAACUCCUUUAACCAUUGUUUCCCAGAAUCAACAUCAAGUUGUAGUAUUCCUGACGUAGCACAGUCAACAAACGAACAUUCUGAAAAUAUAAAUCUUGAAAGUAAUUUAAGAAUUCCAUUGUCCCCUUUGUUUUUCAGUAGUAAUAUUUUAGAAGAUAAUAACUUAAAUCAACCAAGAAUUUUGACUUCAUCCAAUUCAACAGAGCAGUUUGCUUCAAAGCUACCAGAUACAUCAUCCAAAUGUGAUUCCAGAUUAUCUGAUAGAGUUUCAACUACAAAAAGUAGCAGUCAUUCUCCAACUAACCUUCAUUCAAGUCAUUAUAACACUGAAGCUGAUGUUUUAGAUUGCAAACCUAUCAUUGAAGUAGAUGCUAAUAUUUAUUUGCAGCCCACUGUCAGUAUAAAAUCUGAACCUUUUCCCCCAGAUGAACAACUUUUAGUUUGUCCAUCUGAGAUCACUUCUAACAUGCCAUUUAAUGUGAAUACAGAUAAAAUGUUUAAUGAUACUAGGAAUACUUCAGAGUUGGAAAAAUUUCCAGAUUGUGCUAAAGAAGAAGAAGAUUUGAAACCAGAUAUCGUAUCAGUAGAUUAUGUUAAAUGUCAAGGGGAUGAGAUUGGUAAAAGACAAAUUUCUACAAUUGAUUCUAUUCAAAUGGAAGAAAAUCCACAUUCAAUAAAUAAUUCAUUUUCAGACACAAAUCAUUCCACAUGCAGUAGUGCAGCUAAUAAGUCUUCUGAACAUGUGGAAGAUGUUUCUAAUACUAAUGAGAAUGAGAACUCUUCUAGUAAACCUCUUCACAGUUAUACUGCUGUUGAUUGUCUAUUUGGUAGUGAUGUGACUAUUCCAGAUAAAGAUAACACACAUUCUUUGAAACCAAACCACUUAGAUGAAACAUAAUUUACCAUAAAGCUCACUCUUCAUAACCUAAAACAAUGAAAUUAUAGAAAACACAAAACUCAAACAAUACUACACUACUGUUGUUUAUAGUGUUAUUGAGUGUAUUAAAUUUUGUGUUGAUUUUAGUUCUGCUGAUAUCACACUUCACGAAUACAACCCAUUUGUACAAUUAUAGGCAAAAACCGUCCAAUCUUUUCAAAGUGUAUUACUUUUUCUCUCUCUCUCUUUACAAAACAAUCUUCAUUACUAAAUGUGAAGUGAGAUCAAAACGUUCUGAGAUAAAAUUUAUUGCAGAAUGCUUCAAAAGGUUUCUCAUCUUCUGUUCAUUUUUAUAAUUUUCACAAUUUUUUCAUUUUUAUACAAAGAAAAAUAAACAUAUCAAUAUGUCAAUCAGUCACACAUAUUUUAUACAUUUAACAAUUGUUUUUUUUUUUUCCAGAUUAAAUUAGCACAUACACCUGUCUAUGUAUUACAAUAAAGCUGAAUUGAAUUUUUA